AUGCAAGUUACUGGUCAAGCCAUUUCGAAAUUAGAACAACAAAUAGGCCAGUUAGCGACUGUUGUUGGUGAGAGAGAGAAAGGGAAGUUUCCUAGUCAGCCGUUGCCUAACCCAAAAGGACAAUUUCAGAUUAGUGAACCUUCAAGUUCUUUGAAUUCCCAUGAGCAAGUCCAAUCCAUCGCCACUCUUAGGUCAGGUAAACAAGUUGAUAACAAAGUUCAGAUGCCAGACCUAGAUGAUGAAGCUCCCAUAAAUAAAUCCAAAGAUGGAGAGGUACCAACCUCUCCUGACAACCACUCUUCGAGUGCCCCAAAAAUCCGAACUCAUCCUGUAGCUGAUCAGCCUGUUAGGAAUUAUGUCCCAAAAGCUCUAUUUCCUCAGAGAUUAGUGAAUUCCAAGACAGGUGCACAGUUUGGUGAGAUCUUAGAGGUGUUUAAGCGAGUCAAUAUAAACAUUCCAUUCUUAGAUGCCAUUCAGCAGGUACCCUUGUAUGCCAAGUUUCUGAAGGACCUUUGCACCCUUAAGCGAAAGACGAAUGUUCCAAAGAAAGCUUUUCUAACAGAACAAGUGAGCUCAAUCAUUCAGCGAAAAUCUCCUGUUAAGUAUAAAGACCCUGGUAACCCUACCAUCUCUUGUACUAUAGGAGAGAAUCAUUUCAAGAGAGCUUUGCUAGAUUUAGGGGCUAGUGUGAAUUUGUUGCCAUAUUCUGUAUAUGCGCAAAUGGGUUUGGGGGGAAUGAAACCGACUCGUGUGGUAUUGCAAUUGGCAGACCGAUUGGUGAAAUAUCCUAGAGGUAUUGUUGAAGAUGUCUUGGUUCAGGUUGACAAGUUUUACUUUCCUGUCGAUUUCAUAAUCUUAGAUACCCAGCCUGCCUCUAACCUAAGUGAUGAAAUUCCAGUCAUUCUAGGUCGUCCUUUUCUAGCUACUUGUUAUGCCAAUAUUAGUUGUCGGAGUGGUAUGAUGACAAUUUCCUUUGGUAACAUGACUUUAGAUCUCAACAUUUUCAGUAUAAGCAAGCAGCCUUUAGAGAAUGACGAAGUUGGUGAGGUCAAUUUGAUUGACAACUUAGUGACAGACACUUUCCACCAGUCUAGCAUUAAGGACCCCUUAGAGGCAUGUCUAGUUCAUUUUGGUGCUGAUUUUGAUUUUGACAAAUCUAUUGAAGAGGUCAAUGCUUUGUUAGAUUUUGUCCCUCUUAUAGAUUCUGCCAAUUGGAAAUCAAAGGUAGAACCACUUCCUUUGUCUUCAUCCCCACCAAUCCCUUCCAUUGUCAAGCCUCCAAAGUUAGACUUAAAACAAUUACCUGAUACUCUCAAGUUUGCGUUUUUAGGUCCAUUUGAGUCAUUGCUUGUUAUCAUUGCUUCUGAUUUGAGUAGUACUCAAGAAGAAAAAUUGUUGCAAAUUCUUAGGGAGCAUAAGGAAGCCAUAGGAUGGUCGAUAGCAGAUAUCAAAGGUAUUUCCCCGUCUGUAGUCAUGCAUAAGAUUCACCUUGAAGAUAAUGCUAAGACUUCACGUGAAGCUCAAAGACGUCUGAAUCCUGCCAUGAAGGAAGUAGUUAGAGCGGAAAUGUUGAAACUUUUGGAUGUUGGUGUCAUUUACCCAAUAUCUGAUAGUCAAUGGGUGAGUCCUGUUCAAGUUGUCCCAAAGAAGUCUGGCAUCACUGUUGUUUAG